AUGGGAGCAAAAGCAAAGGUUGGUCAAGCAAUCGUAGAUGAGAUGUUACAACAGCCGUACUUCGUGCACGACGUCCCGAAGACGACAGGGAGGGAGACUUUCGGUGGCCGCAUGGAAGGCGGCAAGCCCAGAGGAUUGCGUAUCACGGCAUAUUCAUUACUUGAGCACUACCGGCGGUACGGCCCCAAACAAUUGGGCGAGAUUUGUAUGGGCGGCGGUGGGAGCUACAACCCAAACAUUGUUAACUACUUGAGGGAACAAACGCCGACUACUAGUAUCACAACAAUUAAUGAGAUUGGCAUUCCCAUCGGCGCAAAAGAAGCACUGAAUUUUGCUUUCCUUGGGUUUGAAGGCUUCGUGGGGAGGCCUAUCAUCAUCCCAAAGAACGCCAGAAAAGGGGCCAUUGGGCAGACCGAGCCAGGAGACAACUACUUCCACAUUUAA